UUCUUCUCCCAUCUUCAUGAUACCAAGACUAGUUCAGAGAUGGGAAAGACGGGGAAAUGGUUUAGACUUUUCUUGACCGGGAGGAAAGAAAAAGACAAGGACAAGCCAAAUGCAAACAAUCAGAUUUCUUCGUCUCCAAUUCAGAUUCAUAAUCCCAAUUCAACUCCUAAAGAGAAAAGGAGAUGGAGCUUCCGCCGAUCUUCAGCAACACCUCCCAACGACUCAAAAUCCAUGGAACCACCUGCUACUCCUCCUCCCGCGGCAGUUGUCCAGCCUGCAUUGGAUAUCGAAGAUCAUGAGCAGAAGAAACACGCCAUGGCCAUUGCAGCAGCUACAGCUGCAGCCGCAGUGACAGCCGUACAGGCUGCAGCUGCUGUGAUCCGACUAACGGCUGCUGCCAAUGGCAGAACCAGCGCAAUUGAAGAGGUUGCUGCCAUCAAAAUCCAAUCGUUCUUCCGUGCUUACCUGGCAAGAAAAGCACUGUGUGCGUUGAGAGGACUGGUGAAGUUGCAGGCAUUAGUGAGAGGUCACCUGGUGAGGAAACAGGCUACUGCUACACUGAGGUGCAUGCAAGCAUUGGUUACAGUACAGACCAGAGCACGAGCUCAGAGGAUCCGGAUGGUUGAAGAAUCUACCCACAGAAAAUCCAUUCAGGACAUCAACGGAUAUGGACACGUAUAUCAUCAGGAGAGUAAUAGAGGCAUGGAGGAGAACAUUAAGAUUGUGGAAAUGGAUAUUGGUGAGGCAAAGUCAAGUUUGAAGAGUAGAAAUAUGUAUUCAAACAAUUCAGGAACUGAAAAAACAGCGCAUAGAUUCUCCUCCCCUCACUAUACACCAAAUCAUGUGUAUUCAAAACAAGAAAAUUACCAGCUAUCUCCAGCUCCAUCAGCCAUAACUGACAUGAGUCCAAGAACCUUCAGUGGCCAUUUUGAGGACUACUGCUUCACCACAGCACAGAGCAGUCCCCAGUUCUAUUCUGCUAUCUCCAAACCUGAUCAAUCUAAACUUCCUUUCUCAUUCCCAAAGCCAGACUACGCAGAAUCUGGGGCCUAUUUGUUCCCAAAUUACAUGGCUAAUACAGAAUCUUCGAGGGCUAAAGCUCGAUCCCAGAGUGCGCCAAAGCAAAGGCCGGAUUCAUUCGAAAGGCAGCCUAGCCGGAGAAGAAUGUCAACUGAAGGAAGGAACAUUCCAAGAGCCAUGAGAAUGCAGCGUUCGUCUUCGCAUGUGGGCACAACAGCUCAAAAUUAUCAGUAUCCAUGGUCAAUUAAGCUUGAUAAAUCAACUGUAUCUCUUAUAGACAGUGAGUGUGGAUCCACCAGUACAGUCCUCACAAACACCAACUACUGCAGAUCAGUCGUUGCAUAUCAUCCUAACGGGGAUAGGUAUUAACAGCAGAUUCUUAUAACACAAAUUGCUAUAAUCAUGUGAUACCCCAAUUUCACAUCAGAGAAAAAUGUGAAAAGGUAAAGAUUGAAGAAAUAAAACUGUCACAAGAUUUUAUCAUUCGUCUAGGAUCAUUGUAAGACAGCAAUCUUAACUUUUAAGAACAGUCUAUGUAGAGCUUUUUUUUUUUUUUUUGGGUUUUGAUGGUUUGACAUAAUUUAAUCUGUCCAUAGAAAUUUAUUGUGUGUUUCCCCUGGACUGGAAUUUUAUU